AUUUCUUUUAAGUGAGAAAAAAAAAUAAAUCCAAAAUGAGUAAAUUUUGGUUUCUACUAUUAUUGUCUACUAAUUUUACAAUUUUUUUCGUAUCCUGUAAUUUUGAUGAUAGUAAUUUAUCAAAUAUUGAAAAAUUCGAGUUACAAACAUUUAUCAUCGAUAUUGCCGAUACAAUUAAAAAUAUCGUCGAUGGUGGCUAUGACGUAUAUGAAAAUCUAAUUAAUUAUCUUGCCUGCACAUACAACGAGAACAAGAACAAUGAUAAUAAUAUUAAUAAAUUUGAAUUAAUUUAUAAAAUAACAUUAAAUUCCACAUUUAAUGUGAUAAAUUCUCUAAAAAUAUUUAAUGAUUCCUUAAAUUCUUCAUUAAAUAUUACGGAAAAGGAAAUUAUCGUAAAAAAAAUUGAAAUAGAAUUUAUUCAAAUUCAACGUACAGUUAUUAAUUUACAAAGAUAUUGUGAUAUUAAAAGUUUGCCAAUAAUUGAUAAAAAAUUUUAUAGUAUAGAAUUAGGAAAUUCAUUAAAAUCCCAUAUGAAGCAAAUAAAAGAUGUCACAGACAAUGUCACUGAAAUUUUAAGAGAUAAUGAUAUUAAUUUAUUUGAAGAAUGCAACAAUUAUUUUAAUAAUAUAUCACAAAAUGUAAAUAAAUUAAUUCCUACAAUGAAUGAUCUUUAUGAAACAAAAACCAGUGAAAUAUUAUCUAUUCAUAAAGAUUACAUGGAAAGAAUUGUCAACACCACCAAAAAAAUUAUUAAUAAUACAAAUAUAGUGCUUGAUAGACUUUGCAAUCAUCUUAUUUGUAAUUUACCAGAAAAUAAAAAAAUUCAUUUAAUAUCAGAAAUUACAUUAAAUAUGUCAUCUAUUGUGAAUAAUGCUCUGAAAACAUUUAGCUAUUCCUUAGAUUCAGUGAAUAUUGAUGAACUGAAUUAUUUGUUAAAAAAAGUGGAAAAAAAUUUACUUCAAUGUCAAGAAUAUGUUUAUAUAUUGCCAAAGCUUUGUGAUAGAAAGAGUUUAUCAAUUGAUAUAAAUAAUUAUAAUGUAAAAGUGGCAAUAUAUAUUAAAAAACUUAUGAUUUUAAUAAUAGGUCAUGCGGAUCGUAUCGGUAAUGUUGCAAGAAAAGGAAAUUUUGAAAGUCGUCAAGAAUUAAAGGCAAGUGUAGAUUCUCUUCUUGUUAAAAAAUUAAAUAAAAUUUGGAAAAUUGUGAAUAUUUUAUAUAAAUUCGAAAGAAAAAAUGUAACAAAAACACCAGAAGAAACAGGAAAAAAAGCAGCAACUUUAUCAGAAGAUAAAUCAAAAAAGCUAGAUGAAAAUGAAACAAAAUCAACUUUUUUAACACAAGAAAAACCAAGAACACCUAGAGAAACAGAAGUAUCAUUACCAGGAACAACAGCAGAAACAAAAAAUGAAACAGAAAAACUAAAUGGAACAUUAACAAAACCUAUCAUAGAAAACAAACCAACAACACUAAAUGAAACAGAAGCCAGCGGAAACUUUUUUACCUUUUUUUAAUUAAUUAAUUAAUAUCUCAAAUAGAGGAUAUUUUUUUUAUUUUUAUUUAAAAGUACACAUUUUAAACUUUAUAAAAAAUUUUGAAUUUUUGAAACAUUUUUUACACCAUUCGAAAGGGCAGGAAAAAAACUUUCGAAAACAUAAAGGUGCAAUUUUUUUUUAUUCUUAUAUUGUUAUAGUUACGUUAUUUAUUCUUAUAGUUACGACUUUUUAAAUAAUUCACUGUAUAUAUUUUUGAUGUUAUAUUACUUUAGAAAUUUUGCUCUGACAGUUAUUUUCAAUAUUAUAGUGCAUCAGAUAAAAACUGAUGAAACCAAUGAAUAAACACUAC